CAUCAUGUCAUCUGUCACAGAGAGCUACUGGAGUGAUAAAUGCGUUUAGCUGUGCAAGGUUUGCAAAAUUGAACACAAAAGCUGCAAAGAGAAAUGGAAAGCUUAUUGAAAAAAGAAUUGAAUACCUCAGCUCUGAAGGCAACGGGACGUGGAGGGGGAGGUUGCAUUAGCGAAGGACAGAGUUAUGAUACUGACAUCGGAAGAGUGUUUGUUAAAGUUAAUCACAAGAGUGAGGCAAGGAAAAUGUUUGACGGUGAAAAGGCAAGUCUGGAAGCCAUCCUGCAAACCAACACUAUAAAUGCACCAAAGCCAGUUAAAGUAAUUGAUCUCCCACCUGGUGGGGGCGCAGUGUUUGUUAUGGAGCACUUGGAUAUGAGAAGCAUAAACAGACAUUCAGCAAUGCUUGGGGAGCAGCUAGCGGACCUGCACCUUCACAAUCAGAAGCUGAAAGAGAAGUUGGACAAGGGAGAACAGACUGUCGGGAAGGGCUCCGGACAGUCAGAGGUCCAAUAUGUGGAUAAGUUUGGCUUUCAUAUAGCAACCUGCUGUGGAUAUAUUCCACAGUUGCUGUUGCUUGUUCUCCAGGUGAAUGACUGGCAGAGCGACUGGGUUUCAUUUUACACUCGGCAGAGACUGCAGUACCAGCUGAAUAUGGUAGAGAAGGAGUAUGGUGACCGAGAAGCGAGAGAGCUGUGGGCCAAGCUCCAGCUGAAGAUUCCAGACCUGUUCCGCGAUGUGGAAAUCAUUCCAGCCUUGCUCCACGGUGAUCUCUGGGGAGGUAACGUUGCAGAGAAUGAGGCUGGGCCUCUCAUUUUUGACCCAGCAUCCUACUACGGGCACUCCGAGUUCGAGCUGGCCAUCGCAGGGAUGUUCGGAGGAUUCGUCGGGUCCUUCUACUCUGCGUAUCACCAGAAGAUCCCCAAAACGCCUGGCUUUGAGAAGCGGCUGAAGCUGUAUCAGCUGUUCCACUACUUAAACCACUGGAACCAUUUUGGAACAGGGUACAGGGGUUCUUCCCUUAAUAUCAUGAGGAACCUCGUCAAAUAACUGCAUUGAGACUGAAGUGUACAGGUGUACCUGUUAGUAUAACCCAUUCCAGCAUGACCACAAAGUAACGUGACACUUGUUUGUUUGCAGUAGGUAACAGUAACUGGCUGUUGGUUUGUUUUAGUUUUGACAGGAGUUAUGGUUCUAUUCAUUUAUAUUGUGCAUGUUCUAUUAAAUGUUUCAAAUUACUGAAUAUAAUUUGUCAGAGCGGCCAUUCAUAAAUGACAGUGGCCCCAUUUAAGUACUAUGGAAAACCAUUAUCCUGCCUUUCAGUGGUUAUGGGGAAAAGGUUUUAUGACGAUAUUACAUUGUGAUCACACAUGAGAUUUAAAUUAUACCUAUGUUAUAACUACAUGUUCAGUAAAGUGCAAUUGUUGUGCUUUAAAAUAUGCUUAUAGUUACACAGUAUAACCUAACAGCACUAUGGAAUCACCCGUCAUUAACACUGGGCUAGAUAUACUGUACUGUCGGUAUUACAGUAGUAUGCAAACUAUGGUCCACUUGACUGCAUACCUCUGAUUUGCCAUUGCAAAGCAACCCCAAUCAGAAACCCUAUGAAAAAGAAUUGGACAUCAUAACAGGAUCUUGAGCCUUUCCAGUUGUUUUAGGAAUCCUGCAGAACAAUGUGGGAUCCAAAAGGAUAAUUGAAAUCUCAUAGGAUCUUGGGACAUAAUUGAAAUCUUAGUUUUUUUUUUUGAAUAUGACAAAAGGGACCAUUCUUAAAGUAGGAUAUCUGUGCAAGACCGUAAUGUUUUGUGCAUUAAGACCAGAUCUGCACACAGAGGCUAUAUGUAGUGAAGGUACAGCCUGUUUUGCGAUAGAGUAUGUAUGGGGUCGUUUACCAUUUAACCCUGUUUCAUUGUAAAUGGCUUGCUGUGACUGGUCUGGUUAGAUGUUUGCAAUACAAACAUGGCUAAAUAAGUGAAUUCUACAGCACCUACUAAAACAAGACUGUGAGUUACUUACUUGCUGUACCAGGUGUAAUUCGUGCUGCAAUUAGUUUUAAAAAAGAAAUGUAAAGCCUAAUGCACCUUUUGCUUACUAGUACGUGUUUGCUUCCUUUACCGUGACAUGAAGAAACUGUACAGCGAGGGCAGCUCCCUCUGCUGGUUAAAGCGAUUAAUGUACAAUGAGGCAGGUGUAAUAAAAAAGGUCCCUUUAUUCAAGGGAUUAGAAUAAGAUACUCUUUGACGGCACUUACAAUACUUCUGUGUAUGUGAGAAAGGGCUUAUUUCACAGCAGCACUUAGAAAGUAUUACAUUUUCUGUGAUUAGCGCUUGCAAAAUACACGAUAUCAGUGAUAUGUGGUGCAAUGGCAUAGCAAAUAAAAUGCAAAGAAUUA